AAUCGAAAGAUUAAACGCUGCAGUUACUAGAGCGAAGAAGAAGAAGAAGAGGAUUAAGGUUUGAACCUUCUUUCUUCUUCACAUAAACAUUCUCAAUUUCAUUUCCCUCCAAACUAUAUCCAAUGGCUUUCACUUCAUCUUCUCUCACUUCUCCCUUCCUCUCUCUCCCUAACAAAACCCCAUCCCUAACCCAUUUCCAAUCUCAUCCACCCUUAUCAUUCCCUAAACUCCACCCAAAACUUUCAAUCUCAACCGUCGCUUCAGCAUCAUCAUCCAAAAACUCUUCCAACAAUACUAACCCUAAUAAUCAAUCUAAAGAAGAAAUUAUUGAAGUUGAAGUUGAAGAAGAACUUCCAUGGAUUCAAGAAAAGGCUCUUGACCUUGUUGAAUUCACCGGUUCAGUUACACAGGCAAUUCCUGGUCCCAGAGUGGGUCCCACUUCAUUGCCGUGGAUUCUCGCUGUUCCUCUUGGUUAUUUAGGUCUUACGUUCGUUAUUGCGUUUGUUAAAACUGUUAAGAAGUUUACUUCUCCCAAAGCGCAGCGCCGAAAAUUGGUUGGUAAAAAUGCAAUGCUGUGCAAGUCGGUGGAUGAGUUGUUGCAAAGAGGAAGAGAUGAAAUUAAGGUUGAUGAUCUCAAAGCUAUUGAGAAUAAGACAGGUUUUGGUUUGGAAGAAAUUUUGCGCAAAUAUAUCCGAUAUGCUCUGAAUGAGAAACCAUUCAACCCUGAUGUUGUAGCUGAUUUAAUUCAAUUAAGGAGAGCUUCUUCGUUAAGUGACUCACAAGCUGCUGAGAUUCUAAAUGAAAUUUCACGAAGAAUUGUGCGAGACAAAGGGCCUAUUGUAAUGAAUAAAUCAGGUUAUACUGAAAAGGGUUUCAAGAGAAAACUAGCUGUUCAGGCCCUCUUUGGAAAGGUCUUCUAUCUAUCUGAGCUGCCAGAGUUCUGUUCAAAAGAUAGCUCCUUAGUUGUCAAGGAAAUAUUCGGGGUUACAGACGAUGAUGCUGAGCAACUCAGAUACACACAACUUCUGAAGCUGGCAACCUAGAUUCGCUUGAGAAGAUGGCUGAUAUUUCAGAUUCAGAAGAUUCUAGUGAGGCUUCAUGAUGCUUGGUGCAAGUAUAGACUGUUUUGAAUUCAAAAAGGUUAAGGAAGUGCUUCUUCAAACAAUCUUCGCAUGACUUGGUGCUGCAAAUUCGACAUUACCAUCAUCUCGAAUCCAAAACAUGGAAGUAAAACAAUCCCAAUGUGUAGCGCAUGGUUUUUUCUUCAUUUCUUUAUGGUAUAACUUGCGUACUUCAGCUUUCUCUUGGAUUAAAUUUUGUUCUUGACAUUUUCAUUAGUGUCCCAUAGGCCAGUCUUUAACAGCAUUGAUGUUACUGUGGAGAAAUUGAAUUUACAUGUGCUGUAGAGACAAAUUUUGGUAUAGUUAUAGAAGGAUAUUAUGUGUUCGUUUCGUUUGGCAUAUCACGUACAUAAUAGGAGGCAUUUUCUCCCCAUUUUAUAUUCAA